GCUCGGUAUACAAGCCUGCACACCACCAAUCCACCACCGCUAUACGCCCAAUUUCUUUUUAAUUGAAACCUUUUACUCCCGCUCGCAGGCAGUGCUGUGGGACUAGGAUGACUGGGAAGACCCAGACCAGCAACGUGACCAACAAGAAUGACCCACGCUCCCUCAACUCCCGCGUCUUCAUUGGCAACCUCAACACAGCGGUUGUCACCAAGGCCGACAUCGAGGCCAUCUUUGCCAAAUAUGGCAAGAUCGCCGGCUGCUCUGUCCACAAGGGCUUCGCCUUUGUUCAGUACGCCAGUGAGAGGAAUGCCCGGGCCGCAGUGGCCGGGGAGAACGCCAGGGUCAUCGCUGGCCAGUCACUAGAUAUCAACAUGGCAGGAGAACCCAAACCGUACCGGCCCAAGGUCGGCUCUAAGAGGCCUCUCUCUUCUCUCUACAGUGGCUAUGAAUUUGACUAUGACUACUACAGGGAUGAUUUCUACAGCAGACUUUUUGAGUACCACGGUCGUGUUGUGCCUCCAACUCGGGCUGUGAUCCCAAUCAAACGCUCACGGCUAGUUGUCCCAUCCACACGCAGAGCCAAAUCCUCCUUUCCGGUCAGGACCUGUUCUUCCUCUUCCUCCUCCUCUUCUUCCUCCUCCCGAGCGCUCAUUGCUGGCUCUUCUGUCACAGGCCCUAAACUGAAGACAGACCAGCUCCUAACAAUCAAAAAGGAGCUGUCACAGAUCAAGACGAAAAUCGACUCUCUACUGGGCAGGCUAGAGAGGAUUGAGAGGCAACAUCGUUCUGAUGCCGAGAUACAGAGGAAACAGGAGGAGGCGUAUGAGUGUCUCCAUGGUGACACAGCAGAUCACUCUGGUGAAGAGGAAGGGGAGGGGACACCCGAAGUGGAGGCGGGGGAGAUGACGGACGGCGGCGAAGACGACUUUGAAGACGAAGGCACCAGUGACAUGAUAGAGAACCACAUAUCGGAUAUAGAGAACUGAGCAAGUUGUGAAAAUGAAGCCUACAUGAAGUUGGGAGAACAGAUACCAGCAAACCUUUCUUGAUGAGGAAGGUGCAUUUGAAAUCAAAGGGAAACAAUGAGGGGAAAGACUGACAGCAGAAGAUGACUUUUUUUGAACUUGUUUGUGCUUGUUUUCCUCAUUAGAACAUGACACUACUGGUGUGUGCUCCAUAAAAAUGCUGGUUAUUAAUAUUCUCCAGGCUACUGCAAGAACAACUGCAAACAGCAAUCAAUUUUCCUUCAAACUGUUUGCCUUUCUUAAAGGUCAGGAUGACCUGUUGUGUGCUUAAUAUGUUAUGAUCUGUAUUGUGCGUAAAAGAUACAAUUAAUAUGAGCAAUCAGAUGAACCAUGAUACACCCUCCUCCAUUCUCCCCCAUAUAUAUGUUUGUUCUGUUCCUGUAUAUUAAACUGUGGUGAGCCAGGACGCUGGCAGAGAGGUAAAUAUGAAUGUAAGAGUAACACAUUUUUUUGACACUUGACUAUUAUGUGAUUUGCUUUAUUUGUACAUUUUGCUGGAAUGUAUAUAAUUCAGUCUUUCACAAUGUCUCCAUGUUGUAUGCAUAUCCUGUUUGUCAUUUGUUAUACAUGAUGAGUUCAAGAACGAUGCAUUUUGACUUCUGUUUAUGGUUAUCAAAUGUAAAAGAAGACUAUUUUUAUGAGCAGCAUGUUAAAAAACAAACAAAUGUGGCCAUUAUGUAUCAUUUGUAUUCAUUGCAUUUGUUGUACAGCUAUGGAUGAAAACACCAACUGUUUUUGAAAUAAAUCAGUU